AUGCCGUUCAUCUAUUUUUUUUUCUCCGUUCAGCUUUUUCCCGAUCGUUUCUUUUUCAUUUUUAUAAAUAUUUUCUUCAGGUUUUUCCAUUAUUUUUCUCAACCGAACUCUCUUCUUUCAUUGAGUAUUCUUUUGUUUCUUCAUAUCUUUCUUUCUUCUUUCUUUCAAAUCUACCUUACUUCAAUACUUGCCUCUUUCAAUCAUUUCCCUUUUUUCCCUGACUUUUCUUCUUAUCUCUUUUUUUUUUUAUUGCACCUUCACACUUCCUGUGCGUCACAUUUACUUCCUCCCAACACAGCAUUUCUUUUGAUCGAUCGUUCGUUCGUUCGUUUGUUCGUUCAUUCCUUCCUUCCUUCCUUCCUUCCUUCCUUCCUCAUUAUUUCUUUUAUUCUUCCCUUAUUUCUCUUUAUUGUUGCACAUCCCCUUUUUUACUUUCUUUAUUUGUUUUUUUUUGUUGUUUCUUUCUAUCUUCACCACUCACAUCGUUUUGCCCUUAUGAACUUUUACUAUGUUUUAAUAUUUUUCCUAUCACCCUCCUUCCCUUCAUUCAUUUCGAUCUUCUUUCCUUCUCUUCUCCUUUUCUAUCUUCCUUCUCUGUUCUGUACAUCCAUUCGACUUCACUUCUGCACGAAAUUCUUUUUCAUUCACUCUUCUUCUUUCAUCCUCUCGUCUUGUUUCCAUUUGUCUUUUCAUAGAUCCACACUCCUCUCUUUCCCUCUAAUCUCUCUUUCUUACUACAGUCUUCACACUCUUUGA